AACCAAAUGAAUGUGUCAAAUGUAAAUAAGUUACAGCUUACAUUUGGCGCAAGUGCAUUAACAUUAUAGUUUUGUAACAAAUUUGGUACUUCAUAACCGAUCGUUAUAGCAUUAAAGAGACUAUACUAGUCAAGUCAAAGCUAAAAAGAGAGUAACCGAAACUUGAAAUAAAGAAGAAAUACUACUUCUUUUUAUUUUGUUUUCCAAAUGUGAAAGUCAAGCCAAAAGGAGAGUGGGUGGAUGCAUGCAUGGGACUCCUAGAUGAGACGCCUGGCACGUCCCCCAAAGAAACGUGUCUCCGUCUUUUUGACUCUUCUCUCUUCGUAAGCUCCACUUGCUGCAAUUCAAUAUCCAUAACUCACAACCACCACUACAUAUAUUCCCAUUCUCAGUCUCAGACGGUCAUCUUAAGAGUCCAUGGAUUGGUGGCACGAGAUGAGAAGAGCUUGGUUUGCUUUGUCUCUCAGAUUCAACCCUGCUAGUGCUACUUCUUCUAAAUCUGAUUGUGCAGUUGUUGGCGAUGGUGGAUGUUGUGAUGCUGGUUUGUUGAAGCUUCAAGAUGAGGUACAAGUGUGUGGAUAUAAAGAUGUAGAGGUGAUGUGGAGCAUGUUGUAUGCACCAUCACAACAGCCUGUUCAAAUCCCAAAACGUAGAAAGCAGGGGCAUGCUUGGAGGGCAUUGUUGUUUUCCAAUUCCAAGCAAGACACCACCACUGCUUCCUCUGUUUCUUCAUGCUUUACGUUUGGCUUCAAAUCAUACUGAAGCAGAGGUUCUCGUAUGUGGAUAGAUACAUAUAUGUAGUAUGGAAAUACAGGGCAUUGUAAUUGGGUAUACUUUAAUGCAUAUGCUGUAUAUGUAGUUUGUGCUUACUGUAAUAAAGCUUUCACUGUCCACAGCCGGAAUAUACUAUACAGUAUACACAAUUUGUGAACCAAAAAGGAGGAGAACGUGGAAAAGAGUGAGGUGAUUCUUUUA